AUGCGCAAAAGAGCACAUAAUAGGAUUGCGGUCAACAUGAGGGACUUGGUGUCCACCAGGCACCACCCAACAAUUCAACCCAAGCGGCCUGGCCCUUCGAGGAAAUAACUAUGAAUAUAUUAGUACUUGACUUGUCUCAUAGUCAACAAGGAUUGUUUGAAUUGUCUUAAUCUAGUUUCCUGUCUAGAAGAAGCAGCACAGCCACACAGGUUAUAUACAUGAGUAUUCAAAGAUCACUCCUGUCAUUGAAAUUUCUUAUACAAGGAGAGAGGAUUCAUGUUCUCCUACUAUCUAUCAUUAUCAGGUAAUUUUUUACAUACAAGUUACCAGUUUAAUCUUCAUUAGUAUGAGUAACUAAAAAAUUGAAGGGCAGGCGGCCCUUCAAUUUUAGUAUAAUUUUGUAAAAUUUAGAAUGGUCCCCCCGUGCCUCUUCCUAGAUCCGCCCCUGGGCAGGCCUAUGUUCCCUUAGUAAAUUCAUAUAAUUUCAACACCAAUAGAUUCAGUACUACAAAGAAAGCAUGUCUCUUGCUCAAGUAUGGGUAUAUACCAUCCUCAUGUUCCUCCUCCACCAUCCCAUAUUAAUAACAGCUAUGUCAUCUCUUAUAGAUGAUAAGUUUAAGUUCUCUCAGGACAACGAGAAAGUUUUCAGUACAGGGGGGAUACAAACUUUUACUUACAAUAUUGUAAAUUUGACAAUAGUUUUAUUUGCUAUAUUAAAUAUCAUCGUGUACAAGCUCCGUGAACUUCAUGAACCCGAGUAUACUGAAGAAGACCAGAAAUUUUUGCUAGCAUCAGGGGGUAUAUGUCGCCGUUUUUCACUUGCAGAAAUUAUGUUAGCAACAAAUAACUUUGAUGAGGAAUGUGUAAUUGGAAAGGGAGGAUCCGCGAAAGUCUACAAAGGAGUGAUUGAUGAUGGAGCGACUACAGUUGCAAUGAAGAGAUUGAGUUACAUUUCCAAACAAGCUGUAGGAUCAAUGUUUAGGACAGAAAUUGAGAUGCUUUCCAACUUCAGGCACAGCCACUUAGUGUCUCUUGUUGGCUAUUGUCAUGAAGGGCAUGAAAUGAUCCUCGUGUUUGAAUAUAUUUCCCAAGGCACUCUAUCUGAUCAUCUGCAUGAAAGUUUUGUGAAAGGUUAUGACAGCUUAACAUGGAUUCAACGGUUAAAAAUUUGUAUUGGAGCUGCACAGGGGUUGGACUACCUUCACACUGGUACUAGCACCAGUCAAAGAGUCAUACAUCGCGACGUGAAAAGUACCAAUAUCUUGUUGGAUGACAAUUUGGAAGCUAUAAUAGCAGAUUUUGGUAUAUCCAAGAUUGUGGCAACAAUUCCGGGAUGCACUUGUGGGAGUACAGCUGUUAGGGGCACCUUCGGAUAUAUGGAUCCAGCAUAUUUCACGACAGGCAGAUUGACCAGGAAAUCAGAUGUGUAUUCAUUUGGAGUUGUGCUGUUUGAAGUUUUGUCUGGAAGAAGAGCUGUGGAUUUUAGUCGAGAUGAUGAGGAAUUAGGCUUAGCUGGAUGGGCACAGAAUUGUAUCAAACAAGGUAGAAUGAAUGAAAUUAUUGAUUCUAACCUAAAGAUGCAAAUUUCAAAAAAAUCGUUAUUGGCUUUUGUGAAAAUUGCAUCCCAGUGUUUAUAUGCACGACCUAGUUGCCGUCCUACAAUUGCUGAAAUUGUGGUAGUUCUUGAGUUUGCACUGGCAUUGCAAGGAAAUUCAGAUUCUACACAAGUUGUGGGGGCAAUUUUUGCAGGGGAGAGCGGACGAUGUUCCACAGCAGUGGAGGUAGUAUAUGGUAAGAAUCAAGUCAACCCAUUUGAGAUUAAUCGUAGAAGGGUAACAUUUUCAAAGAAGGUCUGCCAGAUUCUCUCAGCCUCAAUCCAGUCAUUAUCUGUACAUAGUAAUGCUAAAAACAGUAGGGUCGAUAGCAGAGUGAGCCGGAAAAUAGCUGGAACUUUUACAGAGGAAUUUAACAGAAUGAGGAUGAACAAUAUAAGCAUUUAUCCAGAUGCACAGGGCCUAUUUGCAAAUGCAAAUCUAAGGAUGUUCAGCUUGGCUGAAUUGGUAAGUGCAACAAGAGGCUUUAUUCCAGAUAUGAUAUUGGGUGACAAUCACUAUGGAAGGGCUUUCAUUGGUUGGCUUGACGAAGACACGCUUGCUCCAUCAAGGAUUGGCAUUGGAAUGGCAGUUGGCAUUAAGAGAACCAAUUCAUAUGCAAGACUUAGAACUCUGCAGGCCGAGGUGGAUCUGUGUGGAAGAUUUAACCAUCCAUAUGUUCUUAGGCCUCUGGGCUUCUGUUUAGAACAGCAGGAGUUCCUGGUUGUUUAUGAAUACACACUGAAGGGAAACGUAACAAGAUACGCUUACAAAGAUGAGGGGAAAUCACUUUCCUGGGUUAUUUGGCUCAAAAUAUUAAUAGGAGCAGCUAGAUAUCUUGAUUUUCUCCAUUCCUCAGACGAUCAUAUCAUCUAUGGCGACUUUACACUCUCUAGUAUAUUGCUGGAUUGGAAUUUCAAUCCCAGGAUUGGUUAUAGUGCAAGUGCAAGAUUUGGCCCUAAGGAUGGUGGUACGCUCAUAACAGGCCUUCCUAAUCUAAAUGCACAACAUUGUGCAGCAUCAGAAGGCUAUUUUUCUCCGGAAUACAAAAAAGCUGGUCAUUUGAGCUCAAAGAACGAUGUUUAUGCAUUUGGCGUGGUGCUAUUGGAAAUACUGACAGGAAGGCGGGUGAUUGAUGUGAACUCGAAGAAUAAAAAGAGAAAUUUGGUGAAUAAGGCCAGACCUAUUUUAGCAAGCGAAAGAAAGGUUAAGGGAGUAGUGAACCCAAAGCUGCUAGAGCGAGAGACAUGUCCAAAGGUUGUAAAUUCAAUUUUAUCAGAUGUUCCAGCACUAGCAUUGAAAUGUCUUGAUCUUGACCCUAAAAAAAGACCCUCAAUGAGACAAGUUCUGGAGAUCUUAGAAAGAGUUAAUGCCAUUAUACAGUGAGUGAUGUGGGGAUUAUAUUUUUUUUUUGGAUAAAAAAACAUCGAGUGAUAUGGGGAUUUUAAGAUUACUCAAUACUGUGACAUGCUUUCUAAGUUUGGAUAGAUCAAAUUUUAUCUGUGUAA